AUGGCUAAGACAUCAUACGUUGCAAGGGAGGUUUUGUAUACACUUCGAGACGGCGAGUGCGAUUACAUCCUCACAGACAAGGAAACGGCACCCAAUCUGCGGGAAAUUACGAUGCCACCAACUAUCAAAAAACCCAACCGACGACGGAGAGGCCUUUUCUCGACUUCCCAGAGGUUGUUUUCCGUGGGAAGCGCUCCCGGUUUCAUCGACGUCCUCGAGUUCCAAGAGCUUUCCGAGACUGACUUGAAGCCCCACGUGCCUGCUGACAACACUGAUGAGGUCGUGGUGAUGCUGUACACGUCGGGAACAACGGGGCUUCCGAAAGCCGUGGAACUAUCGCACAGGGCUUACAUCUCCUGCUAUCGCGCUUUGCAGGCAUCCGGGCUUUUCACGGAAGACGACGUCACGCUCGCUUGGAAUCCCUUAACUCACGUCUCCGGGUUCAUGGUGGGCGUCGUGAACAUGUGCCUGGGGGCAAAGAUAGUAAUCACCGAACCUUCCAUCUCGUGCAAAGACCUUUUGGAGACUCUGGCUAAACAUCAAGUAUCCGUAACGCUAGGCUUUCCUGAUCGGCUGCGUGAGGUUGUCAACGAAGCGAAAAUGAACAACUAUCCUGCUGCGAGUCUUAAAAAGAUCGCGGUCGCAGGGACUGCGAUAUCUGAUUCACUUCGAACGGAGAUAUGCAAGUUCUUCAACGUUAAAUCGUUCGUCAACUUCUAUGGCAUGACUGAAACAAAUGGAUUUGUGAGCUGCACUCCUGUCGGACAAAUCAGCAUGGGCAGCGUCGGCUUUCCUUGCGCUGGCACAAAAGCCAAAAUAAUAGACCUCGUCAGCGGAGAUCCUCUCGGCCCCAACGAAAAAGGCGAACUGGUGGUUCAGAGUGGAAAUCUCAUGAAGGGCUACUACGGUCAUCCGGAAGACACUCGAGAAGUCUUGGGCACUGAUGGCUGGUUUCGUACCGGAGAUAUUGGCUACUAUGAUGAUGAUGGACAUAUCUACAUUAUAGAUCGGCUCAAACAGAUGAUUAAAUGCAUGGGAAACGUAGUGACUCCUGCUGAGCUGGAAGAUAUCCUGACCUCGCACGAGGCGGUUGUAGAAGCCGCAGUGGUCGGCAUACCGAGUUCGAAGUACGGGGAAGCUCCGACAGCUUGCGUUGUUGUCAGCGAAUCCAAGGAAUGGCACUUGGAAAGUCUGGAACGAGAGCUGAGAGAGCUCGUAGCAGGUCAAACAUCGCUCCACAAGCAUCUGUACGGAGGCGUUGUCUUCAUGAAGUCUUUGCCAAAAUCAGACUCCGGAAAGAUACUGAGACAGGAGCUCAAGUCAAGGAUAGUGGCUGGAACUUUGUAA